AUGCCCGAGCCUUGCGAUUUCCCCUCCUCCUCCAGUUCUUACUUGGCCGAUCGGUCACUGUUACCCCCCGAGACGAAUUGUGACCCCCAUGCCAGCGACAACGACGCUCUCUUCGACGGUCUCACCAUCUCCGUCUCGACAACGUUCAACAAGACAGCCAACCUCCUUCCUAUCCCGACAGAUCUUGCGCUCAUCUCCUCAGACGGCGUCUUCUUCUAUGUCCACAUCGAGCAGAUACUCAGCGUGUCUACCAACAACUUCAACAACCUCAUUCCUUCCCACGAGGCGCGACCGAGCGGUAUUGAGGUCAUUGCCAUUCUCGACACUGUCGUAUGCGUCCCCGAACCUGCAGACGUCCUCAACGUUGUGCUUCAUUCAGUGUACAAAAUGUCGUGCACACACUACAACCCUCCCCUGGACACGCUCAUUGCCGCCGUCAACGCGAUGCCCUCCUACGGCAUGUCUCCUCAAUGCCACGUCCUUCCGCCCCUCUUCGACCUCAUCCUGGGCCUGGCACCCACCCAACCCCUGGCCGUUUACGCGCUCGCAUCGCGGCACGACCUCUUCUCGCUGGCGCAGCCCGUCUCAAGCCACCUGCUCUCGUUUUCCCUCGACGCAUUCACGGACGAUCUGGCGCGCACGAUCGCCGGCCCCUACCUGACCAAGCUGUUCCUGCUCCACGUCGGCCGGCUCGACACGCUGAAGCAGCUCCUCCUCCCGGCACCGCAACUACACCCGUGCACGCCCCAGUGCGACUUUGCGGAGCAGAAGAAGCUCGCGCGGGCGUGGGCGCUCGCUGCGGGCUACCUCGCAUGGGAUGCGCGUGCCGAUACGUCUCCGGGUGCGAUAGAGAGCGCGCUCUCGUCGCUGACGCCGCGUCUUUCGUGCGAGCUGUGCAAGCGGACUCUCGCGGCCAGGAUAAGAGACAUCAUCGCGCGGUGGUCGUCCGCACAGGUUCGUUUGUUCAGCCCCUUCACCUGA